AUGCCGGUCAACUGGACAUCUGGAAAGGCGAAGCUGGCAAAAAGCAAAUUCAAAAAACGACCCAAGAAAACUUGGAAAGAUGAUGAUAACGACAUUCGGAAGAAGCCCCUGCCUUUUCGUCGUUACCUUCCCCGGGCGAAAAAGCUGACUAAACGCUCAGAACCGGUAAUCCGUCACGAGAGGGCCAGUACUUCUGGGGCAUCAGGUUCGAGAACAGAAGGAACAAAAAGGACUGAGAUCGAUGAUAAUUCUGAAACGAUUUCAGCUGGACUUCAACUAGACCAUCACAGUUCCAGCGGUCUACAAACCACUACAUCGAAUCAUCAGAAGAUCGAUAUCGCAAGAAAGAGACGCGCCCUGUUGGCUCUGACCGAUUGGGCGGGUCUUCACACUCCCGCGGUUCCAGAUGAUUUUGGCCCCCACACUCCGGCUCCUUACAGCGCCCGGCUCAGGAGAAAAGCUCUGGCCAAGAUCACUCCGCCCGAGCAAGAAAUUGUGCCGAACCUUACCGAUGAGCUUCAGAGUACCUCUCAAGAGCGUGGCUUGCAGCGUGACUCGAAUAUUCAUUCCAAUCUACGCGACAAUCAUCCCUUUAGCUUAUCACCCUCGAGUCAUGACUCCAUCGCUUCACCGACUCCAGCUAAUCCUCGGGCCAAAAAUCCAGCCACAAAACUUGUUCCGAUUUCAUCCUCCAAGCAUGUGGAGGGGUCAAAUGUGCUAAAGGCUGACAACGAACAUAAGCGCACCGCAAGGAGCAACAUCACCGGUGUUGAAUCGAAGUCCAGAUCAUUUACUUCUAAAGAUGAAAGCAGUCGCAAAGCGCCAUCUAAUCAGCCUCUCUUUGCGCCGUCGAGCUCAAAGAAAACUGAUUCAACUGUCGGUUUUCGUCCCGAGGUGCCACCUUGGAUCUGCCGGAUGUCUAGAUCCUUAGGGUUCAGUCCACCCACCGGAAUCAGUGAGUUCGAAAAGCAGAGAGCAAUCGAAAUCGAGUCCCAGCACUCCCUUCCCUCCAACGCCAUCGAACACCAUAUAACACCAGAUUUGGAGCUGCUGAUCAAGCGGGAAAUCUCACCUGGACCUGAUAAGCAUUCUAAGCGGAACGCGUUGUAUGAAGGUGUGGACAUCGGCGAACACCUAUCAAUCAGUCAACAAGGAAAAGGAGAAAAAUACGUCGACGAGGAUUCGAAAGACAGUCGAAAAUGGCCGGAAAGACAGAAAGAAGGACAUCAGAGAACAGGCGAUCAAGGAGGAGGAUCUCGAAACUCAGUUACUCAACAAAAGAAUAACCGCCUGGUUCGAGCGGGACAACAAACACCAGGCCAAGAGACUGGGGACACUAAUGCAGAUUGGGGAUGGAGGAACUUGGUUCAAAAGUCUAAGAACGACCAAUUUGAUUUACUCUUCCACGACAGGAAUGACGACAGAAGGAUCUUUUAA